AUGAAGGUCUCUGUCGCUGCUCUCUCCAUCCUCCUGGUCAUGGCCUUCAGCUCUCUGACAUCCUCUGCACCAAUGGGGACCAAUGCUCCUACUUGUUGCUACUCCUAUGCCAGUAAACAGAUCCCCAGGAAAAUUGUGAUAACCUAUUAUAAGACCAGCGGCCUGUGUUCUCAGCCAGGUGUGAUAUUCAUAAACACAAAGGGAGGCCAGAAAUGUGCCAACCCCAAGGAUGACUGGGUUCAGAAGUACAUGGCUGACCCAGAACUGAACAGAGAGGCUCAGGAGACUAGGACAACGAAUCUUAAAGAGAAAUGA